AUGCUGUUUCGUUCCCCGCCAUCGGCGAAGUCGACAUCCGGCACACUCAACUGGGAACUCAACUGUGCAUAUACACUAUCCGGCAUCGGUCGACUAUAUUUGGACUUCUUGCCUGACUCGGAGCCAUGUUACUUUCUCAACACGAGCCAAGCCAUUGCUGAUGCUGAGGAGGGUGACCAGUUUCAGUACUGGCGUAGGGAAGAAGACUCUUGCAUCCUUAAUAAGUGGGAUUUGCGGUGGACCACUGUCUGCGAGCCACGCAAAGAUGGCGGUCUUCUCUUGAAGGACAAUCAGUUCGAACGAUCUGGGAACGUAACUUUUAUCCUUCGCCCUGGCGCAAAGACUGUACGCAAGGCUAUCGCUGAGUACAAUGGAGGCGCUAUUGGCGGCACUGCAGUGAAGGUUGAGCGCAAUCAUACAGUUCGUUGUCCCAUUCUUGCCGAAGACGCCUCACCGAAACCGCAGCCUUGUGGCUUGGAUGUCAAAAAGGCCCGCAGUAGUCUUGCUGAGGCUGUUGUGAAACCUACCACGAGCUUGACCGUGUUACCCAGCAAAACCACCGAUGCAGGUGUGGAUGCAACAGAUACUGGUACAGAUGGUGCCUUAGUACCAUCUAGCAUCAGAGAUGCCUCCGGUCAAAGCAACGGAAGUGGAAAGGAUGAUAAUGGUGCACAAGGAUUGGAAAGUAGCAACAGUGUGCUCUUGACUUUGUUUACUGCUUUGACCACUAGUAUCCUUCUCGAGCUAGUUAUGUAG